GAGUUUGAAUUCUGAACCCUAACGACGACGAAGAUGAGAUUCUGCUCCAGCGAGCAUUGAUGAAGAAACUCAGCCUCCCAAGAGGAUUUUAAGCUGUUUUUUUCCUCGAUGUUGUCUCUAAAUUGAACGAAGAUCCACUUCCAGUUGAUUUUUCUUUUGGUUCCACUUCUCUGAAGUUUCAGCAACUUCUCUCUGGUGGUUGUGAGUAUUUUGGAGUAGCUUUGGGGUUUUGGUUUUUCUCUACUCGGAGCUUAGAUACCAACGUUGAAAUGUCGGGUCGGGCUGAUAUGGGAAGGGAUCGGUAUCGGAAGGAUUAUACGUCGAGAUAUGAUGAGAAGUCGCAGUCUGGGCAUAGCAAUAGCAGUAAUCCUCCGUCGAGACAUCUCUGGGUCGGAAAUUUGUCUCAUGCUAUAGUGGAGCGCGAUCUAAGUCGCUACUUUUCACAGUUUGGUGAGCUCGAUAGAAUUGCUUUCCAGCCCAAUCGGAGCUAUGCUUUCAUCAAUUUCAGAAGGGAUGAAGAUGCAAUGGAAGCCAUGAGAGAGCUUCAAGGUUUUGCUAUUGGAGGGAAUCCCAUUAAAAUUGAGUUUGCCAAGGCGGAUAAGCCAUCUGCAUCAUCCCGCGAUGAAGACUAUUCUCAACACCGAGAGGAAAAAUCUUAUGGAACGAAGGGUUCCUUCUCUCAGGGACGACAUGCUAGUCCUGACUAUUCUCAACACCGACAUGCUAGUCCUGAAAAGUCCAAAAUAAGCGAUAAAAAUACAGAGCCCAGUGAAGUGUUAUGGAUAGGAUUUCCGGCUUUAAUAAAAGUGGAUGAAACGAUAUUAAGGAAGGCCUUUUCUCCGUUUGGGGAAAUUGAGAAGAUUACAACAUUCCCUGGUCGGACAUAUGCUUUUGUUCGUUUUCGGGUUGUGUCAUCAGCUUGGAGGGCUAAAGAGACUCUACAGGGGAAGCUAUUUGGAAAUCCCCGAGUACACAUUUGUUUUGCAAGAAGUGAUUCUGGUUCAUCAAACGGUGGAAGGAGCUCAUCGAAUGCACCUCUUUCUCCAAGAUCUCCUCACCUUUUCUCAAAUUUUGAUUCUGGAGAAUUUGAUUCCCGUGGUCUUAAUAGGAAAAGUAAUUUAUGGACUAGUGAGAACAGUGCGUUUGAAAUGAAGAGGUCUGGAGAAUUCUCAUCAAAAUUAGGUCCAUCCCAAGAUAGAUAUGAACAUGGUAGUCCAACAAAAGAGAGAGGUCCUCAUUUAAAUAACUUUCCUCAAAGAUUUUCUCAACCUCCAUUUUAUGAAGAUCCAUGGGACUUACCAGAGGAUACGAACUUGUAUCAAGGGUCCAAGAAAUUGAAGAUUGGAUCCUUUCCCCAGGAUAAAGAGCUCCCUGAGUACCCAUUAUCUGAUUUGGAACAAGAUAAACGUAUCAUUCGAAAGUCAUACACUGAUUUUUCCUCCUCAGAAACAUUUGAUCAUACGAUGAAGUCUGGGCCACCUCUGGGGUAUAAACAGACUCCUGAUCGGCCUAUAACAAUGUCAGUCCCUUAUGAUCGGCCUAUAACAAUGUCAGUCCCGUAUGAUCGGCCUAUAACAAAGUCAGUCCCUUAUGAAGAAAAGAGUGAACACUGGAGGGAACCAUAUGAUAAUUUUCAGGUUCCUGAGUCUCUGCCACCCAAUGCUGUUGCAAGGAAAAGGUUCUCUCCUGAUUCAGAACGGUCAUCUAUAAAAGAGUGGAAAUGGGAGGGCACUAUUGCAAAGGGAGGAACACCUGUUUGUCGUGCUCGCUGCUUUCCUGUGGGAGAGGUUCUGGAUAUGCUAUUGCCAGAGUUCUUAGAUUGUACUGCAAAAACUGGUCUAGACAUGCUCUCAAAGCAUUACUAUGAAGCAGCCAGUGCUUGGGUUGUUUUCUUUGUACCUGAAAGCGAUGCUGACAUCGUAUUCUACAAUGAAUUCAUGAACUAUCUUGGUGAAAAGCAACGAGCAGCAGUUGCCAAGUUGGAUGACAGAACCACCAUGUUUCUUGUUCCGCCAUCCGAGUUUUCAGAAAAAGUGCUCAAAGUACCAGGUAAAUUGAGCAUUUCAGGAGUUGUUCUGAGGUUAGAGCGUGCUGGUACGAGUGCAAGGCCUCCUCCAUAUCAAAACGAAACGAAAGACACAAGCUUGUUACCUUUACAUAGUGAAACGUUAUAUACCAACUUACAGACGUCUCCAGCUGUUUUUGCCCCAGUAUCAUCUUUAUCCUAUCUCAGUAAAGCAGGAAUCAAUCAUACAUCAUUGCCUAGGAAUGUCGCUACUUCAGCGUCGCCCGUGUUAUUUCAUGGCUCAGGGCAGUCUGUUGGAAGUUUGUCUGAUCCAUAUAUUGAGAACAGGCAUGAGUAUCCAAUUCAACAGCAGCAAAAUGCCAAUGGACCAAACCCGGUUCACCAUCUACAAAACUCGAUGUUCGAUACUCGAAAUAUCCCAUCACAAGCUUCGAACAAUUCAAUGGAUCCUGUUAUUCAGGAACGUCAUUUAAUCAUUCCAAGGGAAAUUCAGGAAACAGGCUCCAGUAAUUAUACCGUUGGAAUUUCUUCUGUUACAUCUGGAAAUGCUUUAUUAUCUACUCAACAUGAAAUAAACCCGGCAGCCUCUUUGGCUACAACUCUUUCCUCCCUACCGCCAGACCAACUGGCACAAUUAGCAACAUCUCUGCUUGGGCAUCAAAGGCAGCCGGGGAGUAUGCCAAAUGCAACCAUGGCUGAAGAAUUGAGGCAUCGGAACGAAUCGGUUGUGCCAUUGGCAAGGUCCCAAAAUGGCUCUUUCCAGACUAAUCUGAUGAACUCUGAGCCUCAGACAUCUCAAAUUGUUCAAGUUCAACAGAUGCAGCAGCAUGUACAACAACACCAGAUGUCAAACAUGCCUGCAGGGAAACUUAUGGCACAAAGGGAGCUUCAGAUGGAGGCUUUAGGCAAUGAUCAACAGGUUCAAAACUCCGAUGUUCGUGGCGAAGCAGAAGCAGACGCAGAUCCGCAGAAACGCCUGCAAGCUACACUUAAGCUGGCAGCUGCUCUUCUCCAGCAAAUUCAACAAGGAAAGGGAAGUUGAUAGGUCCCGCUUGAUCAUGCGAAACUUACAACCAUGGGUCCGUCUUCCUACAGUUGAUGUGAAGAAAUCAACAGAUUCUAAGGGGGAAUUGACGAAUGCCAAAGCAUGCAUCAUCAGCCACUUGCCAGCAGUAAUAUUUGCUAUCCCAAGUAACAAGCCUUUUUUUUUCUUCACUAAAUUUGUUCAUAAGAUGUUGAUUAUCUAGUUAGUAACCCUCAGCUGCUGCUCUAAUGCUAUUAGAAACAAGAGACAUUUAUGGUUGGUGUUGCUAUUUUGUUUAAUCCCAGUCUUGAAAAUUUGUUGGUCUU